GUCGCAUACAACAUAGCCAUCUUGUCAGAGUGACUGCGGGAGGGAGGUAACUGUCGGCGCUGUUUAGGCUGUCAUUUCUUUUAAAGCGUAGGACCUAAAAGUGUUUUCUUGCCUCGAUCGGCGCUCCAGUCAAAAAAGUAGCACCGCCGGACGACUUUAAACUGGCCAAGCGAAGCGGAAGGACUGCUUUUACCAAGAUGUCUCACAUACUUGUUCCGACGUAGGGGGAGUGUACAGUAGUCAGUUGGCUUGACUUGCUAGCUAGCUCUGUGAGUGGAGGGCUGCGGGCCCUCCUCAGCCUAAAGUAGCUCCUUCAGCUGAGCAACAUAUUCUGCGACAACGACCAUUUGACAGCUGCCUCAACCGGGAUAUAAGCAAGUCGGACCAGACAGACCGAGAGUCGUGGAUUAAACCGCUACAGGCUGUUGGUGUCGGUAUCUAAAGCCGCAUUGCUGGAUAAGACGACACGAAGUGUAGCGUUGCGUUAUGAGCUCAUGAAACGCAACAGGAGACCGAGAGAGGAAGAAGGAUGGCGCAGAUUCACCUCGACUGUGGUUCAGUUAGCUACGCAAAGUGGAAUAAAUCGAAGUGUGCUGUUUAAUAUGAUCUAAGUCGCCGAUCGCUGCAACCAGCUCGUCCCUUUUUGACCGAGGAGAACCAUAGCCAUACGGGGCCGGGAAAUCAGGCUGUCAAUAUGUCGAAAAUGCCGGCCAAAAAAAAGAGCUGCUUUCAGAUCACAAGUGUGACUCAGGCCCAGGUGGCGGCUAUCGGCGCCACCGACGACACGGAGAGUCUGGACGACCCAGACGAGUCGCGGACUGAAGACGUGUCGUCGGAAAUAUACGACAUGUCGCGGGCGGAGUACGAGCCUGCGUGUGACAGGAGUUCCUCCGAAGAGGCCCUGAACAAUGUCGGGGACAUAGACACGGUCGGUGUCGUGGCACCAUCACACAUACCCGAGGUCGGCCAGUUGCCUGCACUGUCAACCAUUCCUAUGGAGUUUCCGAAAGCUGCAGUGGCGGCCUCGGCCCAAGGUGGACAGCCGCCGCAGGCACUCGGCGUUGCAUCCGUCCUGCCCCCCAUCACCCAGCUUGGGGUAAUGCAGCAGCAUCCCGCUCCAGCAGCCGGCGUGUCUGUGAACGCCUCCCAACCUGCCGCAGUGACCAGCUCAGGCCCUCCUCCCGCCACCUCCACAGUGGGUUGCACAUCGCGCUUCAGGGUCAUUAAACUCGACCACGGUACCGGAGAACCAUUUCGCAGAGGCAGGUGGAUGUGCACCGAGUUUUACGACAAGGACCCCGAGAGCUCUGCUGUAAGCAGGAGUGGAGACGGCGUGAGGCAUUCCAGUACAACACUGGACCCCGCGGACAGAGACGGUGGGCUCAUCCUCACCGGAGGUUCUGUAGUGGCCCCGAGUCAGGGCUUGGGCUCCCUGGCAGACACUGCCCUCUCCUCAUCCCGCAUGCAUUCAGUGGAGACGCCGCCACAGCAACAGCUCCAUCAUCAGAACUACAUUGCCUGUCCACAGGGGGUUAGUGGGUCCACCGUGCAGAGUGCUUUCUCCAUCAGCAAACCUACGCCCGUCUCAGCUCAGCCGACGGUGGGCAGCCUCCAAGCUUCCGCUUCACAGAAUGUGCUGCCCGUCGGACAGAACGGCCUCCCUCAUUCGGGCGUCCACAUACAGAAGUCCCCCAUCAUGCCUCCCUCAUCUCAGUCCAUUGUUUACCCUCCCCAGCAGCAGCAGCAGCAGCAACAGCAACUUCCUCUGGGCCACCACCUGACCAGCCAGUUGCCCGUAUUGAUACAGAACCAAACGGAGUACUAUCAGCAGCCUGCUUCCCUGCAGCCUGGGCUCUCCACUGGCCCGUCCCUCCCAGUCUCCAGCCUCUCUGCGGGGCUGCAGACUGUGGGACAAGGGCCCGCUUCGAUCAUCCCUCCAGUGUCUGGAGUUCCAUCUGUGCCAAUUCAGGUUAUAGAUGUCGCUGUAACAGGAGUAACAGGGGUAACUGUUCCCACAGGGACAUCGGUUUCGAGCCUCUUACAGCAGCAGGCUGUAGGAAUGGGAGGCGUCGUAGGUGCCAUACUGGUCGGUGGUUCCCCUCUGCAGCAGCAGACUGUGACUCAGUAUGCAAACGUUGGACAGCCUCAACCCCACAUUCUCAGCUCUACAUCCUCUGGUGUACAAAAUGUGCCUGCCAUCGCAGUGAGUUCCAGUGUGCCCACCACUGUACUCCCUGCUGUGCCCAGUGCCUCCAGUGCAGCCAUGCCAAAUGUGACAACCUCCGGUUUGCCUCUGGGUCAGAUACCCCACAACAAGACUCCAGCGGCUCUGGGCACGCAAGGCCUCCCAGCAUCUGGAUUUGGACAGGCAGAGGGCGGUGGUGGAAGGAAGUCAGAGGGUCUCGUCAACAUGCAGUCUCCAGUUGUUUCUGGGAAAGACCUAGUGAAGCCCUUCAUCCCGGAGAGCCUGCAGCUCACCACUCCGACUGUCAACAGCCUGUUAGGAAUCCACAUACCUGUCGAUGGGGAGGAGGAUAGGAACCCUUCCAAGGCGUUCUACCAGGCCUUCCAGUCUGGCGGCAGAUUAAGAGACUCAAAGGCCAACAGUGAUAGUGCCUCUGGAACCAACGUUGUCGCCAUUGAUAAUAAAAUUGAACAGGCUAUGGACCUGGUGAAAAGCCAUCUGAUGUAUGCAGUGCGUGAAGAGGUGGAGGUCUUAAAAGAGCAGAUCAAGGAGCUCUUUGAGAGGAACUCUGUGCUGGAGCGGGAGAACGCCGUGCUGAAAUCUCUGGCCAACACCGAGCAGCUGUCUCAGCUCUCCACCCAGUCGUCGGCCAGCGCCGGCGCCACACCGCCACAGCAAGUACUGAGCCAGCCUCAGCAACAGGCUCAGCCUCCGCUUCAAGUCCAGCCUCAUCCCCAGCCUCAGCCUCAGCCGCAGUUACAGCCGCAGCCUCAGCCGCAGUCACAGCCCCUGCCCCAGCCCCAGAACCUCCCCAAACCCCAGCAGCUCCAGACUCAGCCUCAGCUCGACCCCGGGCAACAUCAACUGCAACCCAACGUCACCUCUGCUUGAAGCGCAUCUGUCCCGCUUUAUUUGGGGCUGGAAAAAAUACAAGAGCAUCUUCUCAAACAACUUAUUACAGUUAGUGUAUGUGAAAUUAAAAAGAAGAAAAAAAAACGUUGUCUUCUUAGCCACCAGCUUGACCACAAAGUACAGUGCUUGUGUGUGCGCGUAAGUGUGUGAGGGAGAAUUUUAAGGGUGAGACUGUGAAUUGGUGUUGGGCCGUGAGCGUGUAUGCAUCUGUACUGUGGGCUUUUCCAGUGUUAAUGCAAUCAUCUACAGAGAGACGGAGGGGAAAGUGUGUGUGUGUAGAGAUGGAGCGUCUCAGGAAAGGUGGGGGGGGGGGGGUGCUUUCAUAUUGGUUGACCUGCUGGGCCCACGCUUGUGCAGGGGGUCUUUUCUCUGAGCGACCUCGAGCUAAAGCACCCCGCCCCCUGAACGGAGACGUGCUCAGACCAGGGGUGUGGAAACAGAGGGGAUGGCCUCAUGUAAGGGACACGUGGGUGUGAUUGUCAAAAAAAGUGAUUAUUUUUUUAAUGAGAUAAUCGAGUGGGUAAAGGGGUAUUUUUAGCCUUGCUGUUUCAUGCUGUUAAAUAAGUGGGAGAGAGUCUGCUUGCCGGAGCGUCACACCGCUGCCGUUACAUUAACGUAGAGUCCAAUCCUCGUAUCAGUCUUCUGAGUUCUACUGUUAAGUGUUUAUUUAUUACAGGGCUGCUAUUUCCAUUAAUGAACAAUUUCACAGAUCCAGUUGGACAGUAGCCCGUUGACUUGGUUCCUCUGUUCAGAUCGGCCGCGCUCCUUCAAAUUGUAGGCAAGAAUAUCCUGACAGAUGUUUAACACUAACUCCAAUUCUACGCUGCAGUUGCCAACGUCUAGCUUGAGUCACGAUCCAGCAUGAAUGUACAUUUUUGUAUACUAUAAAGUAUUAAGAGCCUUGAUGGGUGACGCAUCACCCGUUGACAUCAAAUCUUGACCUGCACGAGGCAGUGGAAGAUUCAGUUGUGUGGGUAGUUUGUCUAAAGAUGAAUGAGUACUGCCAUACCCCCUCCUUUCUUUGCUUCUUCAUUGUUUUCCCUGAAGGGGCCCAGGGGAAAAGCUGUGAAAUCAUUCAACCUACUUUGUAACCAAAGAUGCAAAGCUGUGUAAAUUCAUUAUUUUUAAAUGCACACUUUUUUUUUUUUACUUCCUCCUUCACAAAAUUUUGUUGCUGUUCUGCAUGUUCUGUAACCUUCAAACCACUUUCUUACCUCAUUUUUAUUCUGCACUCUUAUUGUAAGAUAGUCUGUGAACAGUGUAAAUGGGUAAAAUGAUGCAGACAGAAAAAUAACCUAGUGUUACUGACACUAGUCACAGAAAAAUGAAGUGAGCCAUGUUUUGUUCAUUGAAAUGGUGUUUGAAUUUCAUAUGCCAAUAGUUUUGUUACAUUGCAAAUUUUAAUGUAUUUAAAUAAAAGCAAUAUUCAGAUUCCAAAACACA